UAAUAAUGAUUGAAUAAUUUUGAGUUUUAAAUUUUUAAUCCAAUUACAAUUUCAAAUUAAGAUAUGAUCCUGUUGAACAGUAGUUUGGCAGGACUUUAUUAAGGAAUGCUAAUUGUUUUAUUAAGUUCAAAGGAGAAGGGAAGCACAGGAAUGCAAAAUCAAAGUUUCCAACUUGAAGGGCGUAAAGAGAGCAGAAGAAAGGUCAAAAAGAUGGAGCACGGCACCACCUCCUACAAUACCAGACGCAACUUUCUGUGAGUAAAGAAAGGGACACUCUUUUGGUAUUGUAGGGUAAAGAGAUUUUGGGCUGCAUUUGUUUGCUUAAAUUUGAAAGUCUUAAUGUUCAGAAUUCAGACCCAAGUAUCGUCGUCUACUUGUUCUUCUUCAAAAGUCCAAGCCACCAGUCUUUCAAUUCUGAUUUACCAUUCUUAUCGAACGCAUUUUCUCUUGCUCUCCUUAGUCUGCUUUUAUACACACAUUCAUUCAUGGCCACAACAAAACAAAGAAACCCCAUUUGAGUUUUGAAGCGUUCUUUCACUAUUCUCUUGUAAUUCUCAACUGGGUUUGCUCCUCUGCUCAUCUUCAGUCAUAUAGUUUGAGUCUUUGGUGUUACAUUUUGUUAUCCACCAUGGGAAGAUUAGAUGACACAGCAACAGUUGAAAUAGCAGGCAAGAUUAUGAUUAUAGCAAUUAUAGUUCUAUUCUUGGUGGUGGUUUUUGUUAUCUUUCUUCAUCUUUAUGCAAAAUGGUUUUGGUGGCGCGUUGAAGAGCCCACUCAACCUCAACAAUCUCGCCGCCGCCAACGCCGCCGCUUUGUCUUUACCCCUGGUCAAGACCCAGUGAGAAGAGGGCUAGACCUCUCUAUACGAAGAUCCUUACCAGUAGUGAUUUUCCAGUCUAAAGAUUUCCCGGAUGGACUAGAAUGUGCUGUUUGCUUAUCUGAUGUUGUAGAGGGAGAGAAGGCCAGGUUGUUGCCUAAAUGCAACCAUGGAUUCCAUCAUGAUUGUAUUGACAUGUGGUUCCAGUCUCAUUCUACUUGUCCUCUCUGUAGAAGCUCAGUAGCACCACAAGCUCAAGGCUCUAGUGGUAACAAUAACCUCAAUGAUUUGGAGCUGAAUAUUCAGUCUCCAGAGGAAAUUUUGAUUUCUGGGUAUUCAAUGGAAUCUCCAGAUUUUCCUACAAACGUGUUGUUUUGGGGGGAUCAGACUCAAGUAAGCACUGGUGGUGGUUCCUUGGAAGAAGGACCUUCUUCAGCUUCUUCUGCACCAUCAUCAUCAUCUUCAGCUGGUGGGGGGCAUGAUGAGCCGCUUGUUAUUGAUGUUCCUGUGCAUAUUACCGAUAGUCUUGCUGAGGAUCAGGAAACCAAGUUGCCAACGCCUGCGCGGCUGAGGUCAUUGAAGAGACUCUUGAGCAGGGAGAAGAGGGUACCUCCUAAUUGUUCCAAUGGUCCUGUUGAUGUUUAAUCAUUGGACUAAUUUAAUCCAGGUCUUGAAAUUAGCUAUAGAUGCCUGAAGAUAUAGCAUUAUCUCGGCAUCAUUGGGUUCUGCCAUCUUUGAGAAUCGGUGCUUCUUAUUGAAGGUAAAUGAGACUUCUUUAGUUGAUUAGCUCAGUGUCUUGUGAUUCUUGACGCUGAAAUGGCAAGGUUUAAUUAGCCUGGUGUACAAGUUCUUGCUGGUAACUCUGAUGUCGCAACAGAGUUUCACAACAUUUGUUUGAAAUGAAUAUAUUGGAUUAGAAGAGUACCUACCAGGCUUCUCUGCUUAAACAGAUGAACCAACGCAUCUCUUUCUACAGAAGAUGUAAUUCUGUAAAUUUUCUGUUCCAAUGCUGAUUCAUCUGUUAUAGAGCCGUUAAUACAUUA